CUAGAAUAAAACUGUUUCCGCGGCGCGUUCCGCUUCUCAGGAGGAUGGUGCGCGGUUCUGAGUUGUGCUGCACUUUUAUUUCUUUUUUAUCGCGACGCGUUUCGACUUAAACUUGGCUAUAAAAGUGCAAAAAACGCCCUGCGCGCGAGGCAGGAAGAGCUCCAGUGCGAAUAAAACGCUUGAAUAGAACAAGAUUACAGUUCAACCGGAAACGCAGAACGACCUGAGGAGAUGAAUAUUAUAACACUGUAAACAAUCUCGUGUGUCUCUCUGUCAUGGACGGCUCGACCCCUGAGUUUGACAUGUAUGGGGCGAUGGAGUGGAAGGACGGCGUGGGAACCCUCCCUGGCAGCCAGCUCAAGUUUCGUGUAAACGAAUUCGGGGUGCUGGAGGUCAUAACAGACGUGGGAGAAGAGGAAGGGGUCAAGAAGGCUCAUGCUACCACCACAUGGAGUGUCCCUACAGCACAGGAGGCUCUGUCGGUUGAGGUGCACUGUGGUCGUGUGAGUGUCUGCAGUAACAGGAAGGACUCUGCUACCCACUUCCUGCCUGAUGGACAUCACUGCACCAACGGCUGCCUCCACCCAGAGCAACAGGAAAAGAGUAAGUCUGUGAAAGAAGAUUCCAGGAUGAACGGUGAGGUCACUCGGGUCAGCAGGAGGAGACCACACCCAGCCAAGAGAGCGGAGGAAGAGCUAGACGAAAUGACGGAGGUGGUGGAGGAGGACAAUGAAGACAACGAAGAGAAAGAUGGCCGCCGGCUGGUUCGAGGAGGUCCCCGGGGCCGCAGGAAGCGCCGGGGAGACGCAGCUUUGCUCAGACAGCCGGUUUCGUACGGAGGGAGGAAGAAAUCAUGGUGCUGGGCUUCGUAUCUGGAGCAGGAGAAAGCCCUCGCCGCUCCCAGCAAACUGUUUAAAGAGCACCAGUCCUUCCCUCAGAGUAAGAGCGGGUUCAGAGUGGGUAUGAGGCUGGAGGGCAUCGACCCCCUACACCCCUCCAUGUACUGCGUUCUCUCCGUCGCCGAGGUAUCCGGGUACAGAAUGCGACUGCACUUCGAUGGUUACUCGGACUGCUAUGACUUCUGGGUGAACUGUGACUCUACCGAUACUCACCCUGUGGGCUGGUGUGAGAAAACCGGCCACAAGCUGCAUCCGCCUAAAGGGAUGAAGAGUGAGGCGUUCAGCUGGUGUUCGUAUCUAAAGACGAAUAAACUGCAGGCAGCACCCAAAUCUCUGUUCCACAACCACAACGCUACAGUCACUCCUUUAGGCUUCAGGGUGGGGAUGAAGCUGGAGGCGGUGGAUAAGAAGAAGCCUUCACUGGUUCGCGUCUCCACCGUUAGGGACAUGGUGGAGAGCCGCCUGCUCGUGCACUUCGACAGCUGGGACGAGAGCUACGACUACUGGUGUGAUGUGAUGAGUCCGUAUAUCCAUCCAGUUGGCUGGUGUCGGGAGAACAGCAGAACCCUGACCACGCCUCCAGGUUACGCUGAUGCUGAGAACUUCUCCUGGGAGAGGUACCUGGAGGAGACGAGCUCAUUUCCCGCACCUGCCAGGUCCUUCAAAGCGAAGCCUCCUCACAGUUUCCAGGUGAACAUGAAGCUGGAGGCGGUGGACGUGAGGAACCCUGUGAUGGUGAGGGUGGCUACAGUGGUGGAUCGAGACGAGCACAGAGUGAAGAUCCAUUUCGAUGGCUGGACGGAAGAGUACGAUUACUGGCUGGACGCAGACAGCCCCGACAUCCAUCCCGCGGGGUGGUGCGCCAAAACCGGACACGCCCUACAGCCGCCAAUCAGUCUGGAGGACACGAGUGAAUCAGAGCAAGGCGGAUGUCCUACACCCGGCUGCAGGGGGAUCGGACACAUCAAAGGAGCCCGUUAUUCUGGACACCACAGUGCCAUGGGCUGUCCGUACUCCGAGAUCAACAUGAAGAAGGACUCGGUCUUGCCGGACCGGCUGAGCGGGGAGAUGCCGGGUUCUGGAGUGGGCCGACCACGUCGGGUGGAGCAGAGCCCCGAUAGGGCUGCACACAGUCUCGACAAACCUGUCCGUCACCUGGACAAGGCCGACACGGCAACCAUCGCCAUGGAAAUGCCGCAUCAGAAGCCGGUCGGUACGGAGUCCAAGCGAAGGGUUGGGCGGCCGUGUAAGGUGAAAAGAGUGGAGGAGCCGCCACAGGAAGAGGAAGUGGAGAGCGAGGAGUCGUCUAUCGCGGAGUCAAAAGAGCUGACUUUGCAGCAGGUGCUGCAUCAGUCUGUAUUCAUGCCAUGCUCCGCCCCUUCUCCCAGCAUGCCUCACUGCUGGGACCAACACAGUAAACUCCUUCCAUCAGUGGCGGGCAUCACGGCCAGCAGAGUGGCCACCUGGAGUGUGGAGCAGGUGACCGAGUUCAUCCAGGGCCUCCCGGGAUGUAAGGAGCAAGUACACACGUUCAAGGAGGAGCAAAUCGACGGCGAGGCGUUCCUGCUGCUCACCCAGACCGACUUGGUGAAGAUCCUGAGCAUGAAGCUCGGCCCAGCUCUGAAGAUCUUCAACUCCAUCCUGAUGUUCAAGACGGCCGAGAAGUCCGCCUGCAACGAACUCUGA